AUGUAUUAUUUAAAAGCUGAAACAGAUCCACAUACAUACAACCACACAUGGGACCCGAUGUGGCGGGUGUCAGCGCAUAUGUGGAUGGUGUUGGACGGCAUGGUGACUCUUGUCUCUGAAGAUCAUGACCCACAUGGAUCCCUCCGCAAAUUUGCUCGAUUUGCUUCACCAAUUCUUCAUCAUUUUCCUUUUAGAGAUAAACAACGACAUCAAACGCUGCAUCUUCGAUUAUCUUCUUACCUAACAAAUCAUACUUCCCAACCUUCGUCUCUUGUCUACCAUCAAUCCAUCAUUCAAACUUUUUUCUACUGCUCUGCUCCAUCUCAAUUCCUCUGA